GAGCAACUGCGGUUCCUCUAUGAAUUCGUCGACUUUUGCAUCGCUGAGGAGGGAUUGGCCAACGGCAGGCCAGUGAAAGCGCCUGCUCUGGCGGCCCCCAUGCCUGCUCCGCCAACUGUGAACCCACCGCAGAAUGAGGAAUACAGCUUGCCGAAGGGGGAACUGCCCAGUGGUCCCUCGUUAUAUCAACCCCCCACUCUUGUGCCAUUGCGGACAGUGCCCGCCCCUCCAACCGUGAACCCACCGCAGAAUGAGGAGUACAGCUUACCGAAGAAGGAACUACCCAGUGGUCAAGGUGCACCUGGUAUACCUCGAAGACCAAUGCCUUCUGCGUCUAACUCGCAGCGGGUUGGCGUUGACGCGCAAAAUGGACGCUUUGUGCUGUCUGAUCAGUCACGUCCCGCCCUUCUUGUGCAUUUGCCUCGAGUUUUGGGCUUUGACAGGGGACACGCCCGUCUUUCUGCAUACAGUUCUGAUCUCCUUACACGCUAUUCGAGAUGCGUUUUCGCUAAGGAAGCAUUAAAUUAG